GAGAGGAGUCGAGGAAGAAUGGUACGAUGAAACAAAAGAGAGAGAGAGAGAGAGAGAGAGAGAAAGACGGGAAAAGAACUUUGGAUGCGUCGCACGAUUCGCUACGAAAUCUCGGAUUCUAUUAGCGGAGAAAUUAUAACGGAUUGACGGACGCAGGAAUGGAUGCACGAUUGGACGGAUGAACGCAGCCGACAACGACGACGACUACGACGACUACGACGACGAUUACGACGACGACGACGACGACGACGACGACGACGGCGACAACGAAGACGAAGACGAAGACGACGAACGCAGCAGUUCGUCGGGAGAAGGAUUUCUCCUGAAUCUAAAUCAUGUGGUCGACUAAUUCCAAAGGACGAUAUGGAUUGUUACACCUGGAUUUAAACAAUAACAAUGAAUCGUUGAGUAUAAUAAAUUAAGAAAACGUUCGUCGUUAUUUAUUUCGGUGAAUAAAUUGCCAAGUAAAGGAGGGGAAAAUAAACGAUUUGCGUCAAAUAAAAUAAGCAUGAUUCAAAGUGUACGCCAUCACUUCCGAUAACUACGAUCCGGUUACUACUGGAGUCAAUAUUGCUACAAAUCUGACAUAAUCAGGAUGAAAUGGACGCUACAAAUACCAUUUAUAAUCAUCCGGAUGUUUGUAACAUCGCGGAAUAUAUAAAAAACAAACUUUACUUUGCAACUUUGAAAAAUGAACGAUUGGAACCAAGAAAAACAGAGAAUAUAAACUUUUUUAGUAUCGACAAUGAGCUCGUUUAUAAUAAUUUUUACAACGACUUUGGGCCUCUGAAUCUCGCGUGUUUGUACAGAUACUGCUAUAAAGUUAACAAAAAAUUAAAUAAUCCAAUAAAUAAGCAUAAACAAAUCGUGCAUUAUACUUCGAAAAAUGAACGAAAAAGGGCAAAUGCCGCUUAUUUGAUUGCCUCCUACGCUAUUUUGUAUUUAAAUAAAACUCCUAAAGAAGCUUACAAACCUCUCGUCUUGAAAAACGAAUUAGUAUCAUUCAGACUUUUUCAAGAUGCAUCUUUGGGACCGUCAAUUUAUAACAUUCAUUUACUUGAUUGUUUAAAUGCUAUUUACAAAGCCGCAUCGUUUGGCCUAUUUAAUUUUGAUGACUUUGAUUUAAUCGAAUACGAAAAAUACGAACAAUUUCAAAAUGGUGAUUUAAAUUGGAUGAUACCACAAAAAUUAUUGGCUUUCAUUACCCCAAGUACAGAAAAUAAAACGAUAUAUCAUCCACCACAAUAUUACAUAAAUUACUUUCUAAACAAUGGCGUUGUUGCUGUUGUAAGAUUGAAUACAAAAACUUAUGAUUCUAACAGUUUUACAAAAGCAGGAAUAUCGCAUUACGAUAUGUUUAUGCCAGAUGGUACGAUACCACCAAAAAGAAUUCUCUGUAAAUUUCUCCGACUGGUGGAAACUACAAAUGGUGCCAUUGCUGUCCACUGUAAAGCAGGAUUGGGCAGGACAGGUUCUCUGAUAGCAGCGUAUUUAAUAAAGCAUUAUAAUAUGACAGCCAAAGAAGCUAUAGCUUGGACACGAAUUUGUCGAUCUGGCUCCGUUAUUGGACAUCAACAAGCUUGGCUAGAAAACAUACAAUAUAGUCUUAUGAAUGCGGGCCAACAAUAUAGACUUAAGUAUCGUGGGGAGAGCGACAUGGUAUUACAUCACAGACGAGGAAUAUAUUCCAUCGUUAAUAAAUUAGAGAACAAUAAACGUGACCAUCUUCAAAUUGAUUAUCCUAAUUGCGAUCACCGAAAUAAAUAUCCAGGAUCAAGAGAUUACUGUGACUUACCUACGGAUAAAGUAGACAAAUCUAAAUUAUCGCAAAUAUUAGGCAAGUUACGGAAUAGUACGAUGAACACAAAUACAGCAUCUCACGAUCGAAAAAAGAUACUUAAUAAAAAGGAUUUAAUUAAAUGUUGUUGGAAAUUAAAUGAUCUGAACGCUUCUUCGACACAAGGUGACAAAUUAAAUAAAAUUAAAAUAACUAGAGGAACAAAUUUGCGGAAUAUGAAAUCUGAGGUGGGAAACGAAAACGUUUUUUCUGUUGAAACUGCAACUUUGUAAAAUAAAAAAAAAAAAAAAAAAAAAAAGAAGAAAAAAAAAGUUAAUAUAUAUUAAGGAAAAUAACGAUAAUAUUGCAUAAAAUAUAUGAUAAUAAAUACCUGUUUUGUUAUUUUGUUACUUUAGUAUGUAAGUAUGCGCUUUUUAUAGGUAUAAAAACAAGCGAUCGUUUGUUUUCUUUUCUUUUUGUUAUAAAAUUGUAUAACAGACAACGAUACUUCCGUAAUGAAACACAGUUUUGUAAUAAUAUAAAACAGAAAAGAAAUGAUUAUAAUUUCCU